AUGGCCGAGUGGCAGGGCAGCCCCAAAUCCGGGGUUGUGGAUCAUUUUCCAGAAGACAAGCUAACAGCGAGAUCAGAUGAACCCCGACGCUCCGGCCGAGCCACCAAAGGCCAACACAAGAACCUCGAGCUACCAGAUGAUCCCGCGAAAAAGGCAAAAGCAAAAGCCCGAAGGAGAAGAGCGCGAAGUUGUCUGCUGAACCUACACCCGGUCCUAGGAGGCGAAGAAGAGAUAAUACGAUGUAUUUGCGGUGAAUAUGAAGAGGAAGAGGACGUGGAGCGCGACAUGAUCUGCUGUGAUCAAUGUUCAGCAUGGCAACAUAACGACUGCAUGGGCCUUACAUUCACGAAAGGUCACGAACCAGAUCAAUACUUUUGCGAACAAUGCCGACCGGAGAAUCACACAAAGCUUUUGGCGAAAAUCAACGCAGGCGAAAAACCCUGGGAAGAGCUUGCCGAGAAACGUCGCCAAGAGGCUGAGGAGAAGAAGUCCAAGCGGAAAAAGGGCAAGAAGGGAGGCCGCAAAGGAAGGCCAAGUGAGAGUCGAACAGAUGCUAGCACACCAGCUCGCACCGCGCCAUCCAUUACACCGGGUCCUAGCGGUUCUCCUGCACCUGCCGUAUCUGUCUCCGUCGAACCAGAGAUAAAUAGCCAUGCUAUUGAUUCUCGGCGAUCCAGCACCAACAAGCGCAAACUUGAAGAGACAGUGGGGGUAGAAAAUGGACCACAGGUGAAACAACAACGGGUAUCCCCACAAUCUACCCCAGCAGCUGCUCCCGAGGCAAUUGGGCCUCAAAUCAAGACAGACUCUACCCCCGAGGCACCUGCCAUUGGAGCCUUAGAGGAGCUGAUGCCUGCUCGCAAGAGUGUGGCCACACACCUCAUCAAGUUGUUCGUAGACCAGGUUACUGCAGCGCAGAAAGCAGGCUCAUUUACCUUACGUGCAAACCAGUCAGCGGAGGACGUGGCACAGAAACUCGCUCUGUCUAUCGAGGAUGCCAUGUAUGAGAGUAUCUGCGGGCGGUCAGGCGAGCCGAAUGAAUCAUAUAAGGCGCAAUUACGGUCGAUCAUGUUCAAUGUAAAGAAGAAUGCUUCUCUGCGAGAUCGUCUCCUCAUAGGUAGUCUCUCCCCUAAGGUGCUGGCUCAGAUGACAACGGGGGAGAUGGCCAGCAAAGAACUGCAACAGAAAGACGCGGAGAUCAAGCGCGAAGCAGAGAGGCACCACACUAUUGUCCAAGAGCAAGGUCCUCGGAUUCGACGCACCCAUAAAGGAGAGGAGCUGAUUGAAGAUGAACACCAUGGCGCAAGCGAGUCUGUUUUCUCCCGUGGACCCCGUCGUGCACUGGGUGAUGACGGCAGUCCAGCCCACAAAUCCCCAACUAGCCCGACGGGACAGCAGCAAUCCAAGACAGAGACAGAUGGAUAUGUUCGAGGUCUAUCGCCUGAGGGUGCUCACCAUGACCACGUUUUCCCCGAAGUGGCCCCCGCUAUCUACGAGCCACUGCCUAGUGGCAGGGUCCAAGCAGACGCUGAGAUCGAUCAGCUCUUGCGUGACGAUGAACCAUAUUCACCACCUUAUUCGCCCAAAGACUUUGAUGACGACGGAACCAUCUGGCGUGGCAAGGUAACGAUGCCUCCAAUUGGAGAGUUCUCCUCGUCCGCAAAGCAUGUUGGAGGUGCAGACUUGAGUGGCCGAAUCCCAUGGAGCCAACUUGCGCCCUCCACGCUGGUUGUCGAUGGCCGUAUCGAUAUCAGACGAGCAACCGAUUAUCUCUGCGGCCUUCAAUUCAGCAAGUCAACCGAUGUGUCUGUGAUAGCAAUCAGCAGUCCUGACCAGCCCGAAGAUCGAGCAGGCUUCGACAAAAUGUUCGAAUACUUCCAUAGUCGUGGUCGUUAUGGUGUCAUUGGAAAGCACCCGCUUUCCGCCGUCAAAGACACCUACAUUGUCCCAAUGGAGAUUGGCACAACGACGAUGCCCGAGUUCAUUGAGCUGCUGGAAAACAUCUCACUGGAGGGGCCCAUUACUCAACGCAUGCUCCUUACCAUUUUCGUCGUCAAGACUGGCGAUUCCAACCCUUCAUCUGUCCAGCCGCCAUCCCAUCAGGCUAGUCAGGAGCCACCGAUGUCUGCGAGUCCCGCCGUUGCAGCCACUCCCCAGCAGCCUCAGUUUAGCGCUGGAGUUGCGCCAACUCCCCCUUCGCACUUCGGCGGAUUCAACCCGAAUCCCGCGCCGUACGGCCAACAGGUCCCUGUACAGCAAGGCCAGGUCACCCCUCAACACCAGCCUGCUCUGACCGGCCUUCCCGCCGCGGUGCAAGUCCUCGGAUCACAAGUUGAUGCUCCCGCCAUUCAACAACUUCUAAAGACUGCACCCAACGUGGACAUGGCGCAGCUGAGUGUUGUUCGCGACAUUCUGGUCCGUCAACCUGCUGCCGCUGCUAAUUACGAUACUUUGAUGCAGGCUCUAUUCGAGACCCAAGCAAACGGCCACGUGCCCCAGUAG